AUGGGCAAAGGGGACCGAUUUGAGGUGCUCGUUCAAGAGGAAAUUUUGUGGCGUCAUAAGUCGAGUGUAGAUUGGGUGAAGUGGGGCGACCUAAACACAAAAUAUUUUCAUGCCCGCACGAUCCGUAGAAGAAAGAGGAAUCACAUCGUGGCUCUGAAGAACUCACAGGGAGAGUGGGUGGAGGAUCAAAGCACCCUAAGCCAAAUGGCGAGGCAGUAUUACAUUGUCUUGUUCACGGAUGAGGACUUGCAAACCUCCCCCAUGUCCCAUGGGUUCACGCCCAUGCAGGUGCCGCAAUGGGAAAAGCUGGGCGAGGAGUAUACAGUAGAGGAAUUGAAGUCGGCGGUUUCGAUGAUGGGACCACUCAAGGCACCAGGAAGGGAUGGACUUAACCCGCUGCUUUAUCAGCAUUUUUGGGAUGUUGUAGCUCCAGCGGUGCAUGAAUUUGCGAGCAACUGCUGGGUGGAGCCGCCGAGAAUAAGAGAUGUGAACGAAACAAUCCUCGUUCUUAUUCCCAAAGUUAGAAGACCCAGUCGAUUUGAACAGUUUCGACCGAUCAGUCUAUGUAACGUCGCUUACAAGAUCAUAACCAAGUGCCUAGCAGAGAGACUGAAAUCUUUCAUGCCUGACCUGGUGCAUGAAACUCAGACGAGCUUCGUACCAGGAAGACACAUAACUGACAACAUAUGUGUUUUGCAGGAAGUUGUUCAUUCUAUGAGAGCUAAAACAGGAAGGUCCGAGUGGAUGGUGAUAAAGGUGGAUCUUGCCAAAGCCUACCAUCGGAUCAGAUGGAAUUUUGUGAGAGACACCCUAGAGGCUGCUGGAAUGCCGGACAAGUUCAUAGAGUUAACUAUGUAG